AGAGAGAGAGAGAGAGAGAGAGAGAAAAGACGUUGUGAAAUCUAGUCUGAAAGCAAGAUUUACGAAAAUAAAUCCCAAAAUAAGAAAUAAGAGGAGGAGAUGAAGACGAUAUCGAUAUCAGUGAUGUGUAGUUGCGCGCUAUUGUUAACGACAGCUGCGAGCAAUAUUAGCGAACAAUGCAAGAUUCGCGAAUCGACAACAGUCGAUUGCCACUGCACCGGAAGCGAGGAAUUUUCCCUGCCGGAAGGCUACAACUAUGAAAACGUGACGAGUAUACAGAUCGCAUCCUGCAACAUCGCGAAUCUUCAUUUCUCCAGCUUGACAGAAGCGAGCCAAAUAACAGAGAUAAUCGUGCAAAAUAUCAGCGACCGUUUGAUCUUCGAACUGUUUCUAACAUCGAAAAAAUUGAGACAACUCAGACUAUCGAGAAUCGGGCGAAUACCUGUAAUUACACGCGACACGUUCGUCAGAUUGGACAGCAUCGAAACGAUUCGAAUCGAAGACACGCGAAUCGAUCAUUUCGCAGAACGAUUCACCGACAUGGCAAUUACCAAUUUCUCAAUGAUCAACGUCACCAUCGAACGUAUCGAUCAGCUGAGUUUCUCCGCAAAGGGCGAAUCUCUGUAUAUUAAGAACAGUGAAUUUCAAAAUGUCACUGGCCCGUUGAAUUUCGCUUACUUCUCCAGCGUGCAGAUCCUUCAUUCGAAGUUCCAAUUGGAAAAGCCCGGUUACAUAUUGAUCGAAGGUGACAUCGUCUAUAUCGAGAACUGCGUUUUCUCCAACUCGAGCGCAAACGUGGUCGCAGCGGAGAGCAUCUGGAUAAAUGGCACUUGCGCAGAUGGCAAGAGCUCUAUGAGACUCUCGUCAAACGACAUUAAAAGCGUGAACAAUCGACUGCCGACUGAGAUCAUUUACACGAAGAAUAAAGAUGAAUCGGAACGUUUCUUCAAUCGUAAUAACACAGUGUGUAUCGCCGGAAACUGCAAAUGUCCGAAAAGCAGCGGUCAAAAUACGCAUUUAACGAGUUCGUUUCGCGCACACGCUUUGCAAUUUCUCGUACCAGUCGUUCUCUUAUCGACAUUGUUCUACUCGUUUUAGUCGUUCAAAACUCAGUCAAUGAAUUUUGACAGUUUGACGCGAAAUAAUUAUAAGGAAUUUAUAAAAUUUUACUUUUCUGCCAAUAAGAAUGUACGUAUGUACAAAAAUGAGCAUAUACAGCAGUUUUGAAAUGAAUAUAUUCUACGUACAAA